GGGUUCAUUUUAUUUCUGGCAACGGAUGCGGACGGAACGGUGCACACGGAGCGUAUACGUACAGUGACAGUGCAAAAUAACAAACAAACGGAGGAAAAAACUGCUUUAGUUAAACAACAAAAACAACAAACGAAGAGAAAAACAACAGCGUCAAAAUUAGCUGGAGGCAGCAACAAAAUUUAUUAUAUGUACAAAAGUGCCACAAUAGUGAAACACACGCACACGCAUACCAAAUCGCUCAUAUGCUGCUCGCCUCACCUACAGAUAUAUAUAUAUAUAUAUGUGUGUGUGUGUAUGUGUGUAUAGGCAACUCUGUUGCUGGUAAAAUUCCACUGUGAAAGGAAGUUAUUGUUGCUGCUGCUGCUGCGUGUCUCGUGUGUGUGUGUGUGUGCGUACGAGUAUUAAUAAAACAAAUAAAUGUUUAUACAAAAAAUUGUAUAAAAGCUGAAAACGUGUAAACGGCCCAAAGCGAGUGCGCCGAGCAGCAGUAAUCACGUUUUUCGACAUUUAUUUUUUGUUUUGCGUGAACUCUUUGCAUCGCCGCGAGUGACAGACAGAGAAAAAGAGCAGGCGAGAGUGUCUGAGAGAGAGAGAGGCCACAGUGGAUGCUCCAACAAGUGCACCCCAAAAAUAGACGUAGCGCUGCUGCCAAGUAAAACAAAAAAAAGGAGAAAAUAACUUUAUCGCUGCUUCGUUAUCGCCAGCACACAGAAAGAAACGAACAAACAAAAGGCUAACUGCUGAUAAGACCCCGCUGACGGCCCACAGUCCAGUAACUACCCACCCGCCCGCUGUGCAAGACUUAUCGGUAGUAUAAUUCCAUUCGUUCCAACAUAAAUAAAAAAAAAUACAUAGCUCGGGAAUGUUAUGCUAUAUCUAAGACAGCAGCAACGCAGCGUGUUCGGCAAGUGCAGGGAGUAUUGGAUAUUCUUUGAGAGACGUGCAGCAACAACAAAAAAAGUGUGAUACAAAAUAACACAGUACCUAAAUAACAGUAAAAGUAACUAUCCUUGUGUAACAACCCACCGAAGAGAGAGCAAGAGAGAGGAAGAGCUGUGCUUCGCCGUAGAUCCAAAUUUGCCGUCGCUCUUCGCUGUUUCGUUCGUCUUCGCCGCCACCGUCGACAACCUGUUUGCUCAGCCAUAAUUCGCCCGCUACCCCCACCCGGCAUUUAUCUUGGUAUUUGUACAAUUAUUUCUGCAUUGACGUAAGGAGCGCACCCCCCCACCUUCCACCAUUCCACCGCAACUGCAAGCCACGUUGACGCAGCAGCAGUCGCAGCAGCAGUCCAGGAUAGCACAGUUAGCAAACGCAGCCGCAGCAGAGGGCGCAGCAGAAGCAGCAGCCGCAGCAGCAGGAGGGAGCAGGAGUUGCCACAGCAGCAUGGAGCCCUAUUGGAACGAGGCGAACGGACAUACCGCACAUCCGGUUAAGUAUGAGAGCGAAGCAGCUGUCUCCAGUUUUCCUUAUUGCACAGAAUCUAGUUUAAAUUUUUCCACCUCUGCGACGGCAUACAGCGAGGACGAUGCUGAAUAUGCCACAGGAAGACGUAAUAAAACAUCGAGGCAAGACCCCCUAUCGCACCGGAUCAUCGAGAAGCGGCGACGCGAUCGCAUGAACUCCUGCCUGGCGGAUCUCUCACGCCUCAUCCCGCCGCAGUACCAGCGCAAGGGCCGCGGCCGCAUCGAGAAGACGGAGAUCAUCGAGAUGGCCAUCAGGCACCUGAAGCAUCUGCAGAGCGAGUGCCUGCAGAAGGAGAGCGACUACCGCAGUGGGUACAUGGACUGCAUGAAGGAGGCGGCCAAGUUCCUCUACGACGUCCACAUGCAGGACUUUUGCCACCGCCUGUUGGGUCGCCUGCAGGAGCACAUCGAUGACAUGUUCAAGACCGAGUGCUACAAGUCAACGCGCACCUGCCACAUGCCGGACAAUGUGAGCGCCUCCAGCGGCAGCCCCCACCAGGCCUAUCAUCCGCCCCUGUGCCAUUUGCGGGACAUGCUGGGGGCCUCGGAUGUGGAGCACAGCCAGGACCACAACGACGUCAAGGAUCUGAGCUUCCGCAAUCAUCUGAAUCAGCUGCAGCGAAACCAGCAGGCAGCAGCUGCCGCCGCCGCCGGCAAUGGCAGCGGAAGCUCCUCCAGCUCCACCAACCUCGAGGCCGCCAGCAAGCUGCCCAUGACCAAUGGGAGUGGCAGUGGCAGCGGCAGUGGCAGUGGCAAUGCCAAUGGCGACAAUGUUCCCACCAAUUCCACGGGCUCUCUGCCCGCUGCAGGCAGUAGCAAUUCAGCAAGCUCCACCACCUGCCCCAGCACGAUCACCUGCCCAACGACCACGUCCGCGUCGGUGGCGCAGAAGGUGGCGCCGCCCAUGCCACAUCAGGCGGCAGUGAUCACGUCGACGGCCCCGCACCACCACCACCACCACACGGACAGCAGCCACCACGACUUUGAUUCGUCGCGGGAGCCCAUGCUACACACGGACACCUCCAACAUGCACUCGCCGCCGCCGCGGGACCUGCUGCUGCAGCAGCAUCCGCAUCUGGGGCACAACCACACACAGGACAGCCUGAUGUCGGUGCGCAUGCGCAACUACUCGGAGUCGUCGCACGAGGUGGAGCACAACAACAACUACAAGUACAAGAACCACAUCAAGGAGCGGUUCGUCCACGAGCUGCACGACGAGGAGACGAGCAGCGAGCACUGCCCGGUGGCUGCUCACCUCCAGAGCGAUCACUCGCACAUGCAGGCCCACUCCGAUCACUCCAAGGACGGCACCGAGCCGGAAAUAGCCCCCAUUAUGGCCAAGAAGCGCAAGAUGGCCGAGGCGGCGGCGGCAGCAGCCAACGGGGAUGUCCAUCCCCUGGAUGUGCACUGCGAGGCCAGCAAUCCGAAUCCGCCGCGCCAGCUGCUGAUGUUGCGCGACGACAGCAAACCCUCGCCCUCGUUCAACUUCAGCGACAUCAAGGACAUCAAGUCGGAGCUGCACAACAGCAACUCCAACUCCAGCCCGCUGCUGGCCAAGCUCAGCGCAGCAGCCGCCGCCGGAGCUCAGCUCAGCACUCCGAGCAGCACCACCACCUCGCUGGCGCCGCGGCACUCCUUCACCGUGCCCAUCUUCGCUCUGCACGGCCAGGGCAACUACUACGUGCCCCUCAACGUCGACUACAACGCCCUGGUGCCGUUCCUCAACGGCAUGGACCUGCUGGAGAAGAGCUACUCGAGCAUGCCGGUGGUGCAUCCCAUCAACAUCAAUGUCAACUUCAUGCCCAGCUCCCCGUCGGCCUCGUUGUUGGCCGCUGCUGCAGCUGCAGCUGCCGUUGCAGCUGGCAAGCAACAGCAGGCAGUGGUGGCCGCAGCAGCCGCCUCCGCGUCCGCAGGUGGUCCACUGUCCUCCGUGGUGGGGGCCAAUUCGGCGGCUGCCCAGGUGGCAGCUGUCGCCGCUGCGGCCGUGGCCAAGGCCAAGCUGGAGCAGGCCAUGAACAGCAGCUGGUAGGGAGGCAGGCGGUGGAACAGCAGAUGGAAUAACUACCUCAGUACUUCUGUGAAUAAUCAUCAAAUGAUUAAUCUCAAAUCAAAAACAAAAACCAGGCGACAUCUGCGCUUGGAGAGGAGAGUGGAGAGGAGAGGAGAGGACACUAGAGGAUAGAAGAUAAUGCGAAUUCAGAUUUAUUAUUUUUGGAUUAGAUCGGAACAGCCUCAAAGGCUGGGUGGUGGUCGGCAGCCAAGACCUAGACAAGAUCGAACUGUAGAGGAAGGAAAUUCGAGGAAAUAGUUUUGCUGGCCCAACUAUUUUGAACAAAGCUAACAAGCAAGACAAACAAAUUCAGCAUAAAAUAAAUGUCUACUAUAAUGCAUAGAGAUCGUAAA